CCCGUAAAAUGGAAUUUAAGGGAAGUUCCUGGCAUGAAUCCUGUUUCGUUUGCCAGUAUUGCCGGCAGCCUUUGGGAACAAAACCAUUGAUCACUAAAGACAAUGAAAAUUACUGCGUGCCCUGUUUCGAGAAGCAAUUUGCUCACCAUUGCUACUCUUGCAAAAAGGUAAUAACUUCUGGGGGAGUGACCUACCAUGAUCAGCCUUGGCAUAAAGAAUGCUUUGUGUGUGCUGGGUGUAAAACCCAGCUGUCUGGACAAAGGUUUAUUUCCAAGGAUGAAUAUCCAUACUGUGUAGACUGUUUCAGCAAAUUGUAUGCUAAGAAGUGUGCUGCUUGCAAGAAACCUAUUACAGCUCUCGGAGGUGCUAAAUUUAUCUCAUUUGAAGAGCGCCAGUGGCAUGGGGAAUGCUUUAACUGCGCAAAAUGCUCUGUCUCGCUGGUGGGCCAAGGAUUCCUCACUCAGCAGGAUGAUGUCCUUUGUCAUGAAUGUGGCUCUGCUUCAUAGUUCUGUGGAGAGCUGUACAGCUGCAUUAUUCUCGCUCUGUAACCAUGUACUUCAUUACUCUGCAGUGAGAAAAUCAUCUAAAAGG